AUGGAGGACGCCAUCGUUGGGGUCCUUUCAUUUGACAUUUUUGAGGGCCUCUCAGACGAAAAUUCGAAUGGCCCUCCGGCGCUCAGGCGCCGCCGACCGCGUGCUCGCCGGCGCAGCGGCGACGGUCCAGAUGGCGAGGGCAGCAGCGCAUGCUCAGACAGCAGCGGCGGGCGCGGGGAUCCUUCUCCGCCACACCCUGCGCCCCGCAGCCGGCAGCACGAGAGACCGCGCAAACGGCCGGCCGUCGCGCAUCCAUACCCCGCCCCGGCCGGCGCGCCGGCGCUGGCGCCGCCUGCGCCCCGCGUUCCCCUGCCUGCCGCGCCGCCGCUGCCAGCGCCCGUGCGGUCAGACCCGCAUUCGGACGAGGCCGCGCAGCGGCGGCUGCGGUCCUACCUGCAGCGCAUGGCCGACAACCCCCGCAACUUUCCAGUGGGACCGAAGCUGGAGCAAAUGAUUGCGGAGCACAGGCGUCGCGGCGUCAAGGAGUACUAUGGGGUUGAGCACCUCCGGCGGCUGGUCAAAUGGGAGACCAAGAGGCGGAACAACCACCGCGGCGGCCGCGUGUGGUGCAAGGACGCGCACGGCGCCGGCUGCACCUCGUGCCAGACCUGCCACUUCUGCAGGCGCAAGACCAUCGACCUCAAGACCUGGUGCGCGUGUGGCAACACGCGACGCCGCGACAUCGAGGGGGGCCCCAGCCGCGGCGUGUGGUGCGGGGACUGCCUGGAGAAGCGCAUGGGCGAGAGCCUGAAGGAGGUGCUGGAGGCGCAGCAGCGCGCGCUCGACUCGGGCGACGCCAGCCUGGGCUGGCGCUGCCCCUGCUGCCGCGAGAUCUGCAACUGCUCCGGCAGCAACUGCCAGCGCGCGCGGCGGCAGCUGGAGUUCACGAACAUCCUCAUACACGAGGCGCAGCACCUCGGGUACAAAUCGGUGGCCCAUUACGUCAUCCUGACUCACCUCCACGUGGCCGGCAUAGUGACACCCAUGAUGCGCCUGGACGCGCUGCUGCCGCCCCCCGACCGCCCCCGCGCCACCGCGCCCGGCGCCGGCGCCGGCGUGGCGGCGCCGCGCGUUGGGGCGCGCGAGAAAGAGCGGCGGCGGCUCGACAUGCGGCGCGCCGCCGGGCGUGCGCGGGACAGGCAGGUCGCAGGCGUGCUGCGCGUGUUUGGGAUGCCGGAGGCGGAGGCGUUUGCGGCGUUGGAAGCACAGGGCCUCGGCUGCGGCGCGCUGGGGCUUGACGAGGCGUUCGACGCGGGGGACGACGGCGCCGGCGACGACGCAGCGGCGGCCGGCGUGCUGGCCGCGCUAGGGCUGGGGCCGGCCGGCGGCGGCGGCGGCGGGGGCGGCGCAGGGGCGCAGCACGCGGGGGAGCGGGAGCCGCCCAGGUCGCGCGGCGGCGGUGUUGGCGGUGUCGGCGGCGGCGGCGGCGGCAGGGGAGGAGGCGGUAGGGCAGGCGCGCCUGUUGAGGGGGGCGUCAGCUGGGGUGGAGGCGGCGGGCAUGCUUCCGGGAGUGCCGCAUCCUCGGACGACCUGGCUCGGGCGCAGCUGGCAGGGGCCGCGGCCGGCGGUGCGGCGCGACAAGCAGCAGGACCUGGGUCGGGCCGCGACGGCGGCAGCAGCGGGAUGGAGUUGCUACCGGUGGUGUGCCUGCCCCUGGGGCCCGAAGACGCGCUGACAUCAGCAGAGCAGCGAGCGGGACCGCUGUCGCCUAGCCCUACUGUGGCGCCUGCUGCCGCCGGGACGCCGGGCGCGGUGCAGCGGGCUGGGACGUCAUUGGACCAUGCAUGGGCCGCCCCGCAGCAGCAGGGCAAGCUGGCGCACGGAGAGCAGCAGCAGCAGCAGCAGCAGCAGCAGCAGCAGCAGCAGCAGCAGCAGCAGCGUUUGCUAGCGCUGGAGUGUGAUUCAAUCCGCGCGGGAGACUUCCCCGGCGACAGCGCCCCCGGCUUCAGCCAAGGUGGUGCGGGGGAGCGGGCGGGCGCGCCCGUGCCCGUGCACGCCGCAGCGGCUGGCGCUGCGCCUGCGCUGGACAGGCGGGCGCGGCUGCCGCGGUGGAUCCGCGAAACGCAGCUGGGCCGGCAGGCGCAGCACCUGCAGCACGCCCAUCCGGCGCCGCGGGUUGCGCCGUCCGCGAGGGCUGGUGGCGGCGGCGCCGCGCGCCGUGCGCCGGCGGGGGGCAGGGAGUGGUCCGAAGCGGAGGCCCAGGCGGCAGUCGAGCCAUGGCGGAGCGGCGACCGUGGCGAGGGGCGCGGGCGCGGCGGCGAUGCGCGUGCGGGCGCCUCGUCGGAUCCCAUAAUCUUAGAUGACUCGCAGGAUGGCGGCGACGACGAAGCCGCCCCGCGACCCGCGCAGCCUGCUCGGCUUGCAGCGGGCGGCCUGAGCGCUCGCACCGAUGCGGAAGCGGCCCGCCCGUCGCCGGCAGCCAUGGCGCCCUGGCGGCCGCUGGAGGAGGAUGAGCACCACGAGCUGCAGCAAGGCGCCUCGCGGCGCGCCGAGGAAGAGGGCGGGGCCUUCACGGCCUGCCUGGCCGACUUCCGGCGCCUCACCGAGGCGCCGUCUGCGGCCGCGCAAGCCGAGGCGGCGCGGCGCUACGGCGCGCCGCUGCUGCAGCGGUGCCUUGACCUCUAUUUCCAAUGGGACGAGCCACGGGCAGUCGUGGACAGCAGGCAGUUCCCCGGCUCACCAGCCGCGGCGCCGCUGUCGUUCGAGGGCCGCAGCUUCCGCCUGACUCACUCUGAGCUCGAGGCCGCGGUCGCCCUCCUCAAAGAGAUGGCCCAUGUUCUGCCCCUGGGGGUCGUUUCCUUGGACAUCUCGAACCUCCUCACCUGCCACCAGCCGUUCCUAGAUCUGAAGUCGUCCGACCCGGCCGCCCGCGCGGCGCUGCUGUCGGGCGCGGUGGAGCUGCUGCGAGCGCUGGUACGGCGCGCGGGGCCGGGGGCCGCGGCGGUGCGGAAGCUCGGCGGGCGGGUGGUGAAGAUGAUGGGGCAGCUGCUGGAUGAGUACGAGCAGGUGAUGCUGCUGACCGGGACGGCGCAGGACUUCAGCCAGCACAACCCACCGCCCAACGCCCUCUGCUCUCCCUUUCCCCCAAAGCCCCGCGAGAUGGGCCCGCUCCGCCUGCGCGGCGCCCGCGGCGGCGACGACCCCGCCGCGCUCGACGCGCGGCAGGAGGCGCUGCCGCUGCUCGAAGCGUUCCGCCACGCGCAGAGCAGCAUCCUGGCGGUGCUGCUGGCGCACCUGCAGGCGGCGGCGCGGCCGCUGGGGCGCCACGCGGGGCUGCUGCUUGGGGAGCCCGUGGCGCGGCUGCUGGACCCGCGGGGGCCGUUUGAUGCAAAGCUGCGCAACAACGCCCUCGCGUUGGUGUACGCAGUCCUCAGCGCCGCCGCCCCAGAUGUGGCCGAAUCCUCACAGUGGCUUGAGCCGCCCGCCGCCGCCGCAGCUGCCGCACUGGCUGCGAGCGCCGGCGCGGCGGCGCUGCCGGCGGCGCCGAGGGAGCGGCUGGCGGCGAUAGCGCAGCUCGAGGCUGCCGCGGCCCCAUCGCUGCUGCUGCCGCUCGAGCGGCUGCACGCGGCCACGUUUGAGGCGCGGAAGGGGUUGGUGGAGCGGUUGGAGCAGCAGCAGCAGCAGCAGGGGACGUCCCCGGCCCAGCAGCAGCAGCAGCAGCAGCAGCAGCAGCAGCAGCAGCAGCAGCAGCAGCAGCAGCAGCAGCAGCAGCAGCAGCAGCAACAGCAGCAGCAACCGGCCGUCCAUUUCAGAGGCAGCAACGCGGAGCGGCGCAUGACCGUCGACCUCGCGACAUGCGCGCUCGCGCGCGUGUACGCGCUGCAGCUGCAGGCCGAGCGGCUGACGUGGCGAGAGCUGGAGGGGCGCCUGCUCGCGCCGCACGGCGGCCUGCAGCUGUUCUGGUGCCACUGCACCAGCGCCCAGCACCGCCAGAUGGCGGUCGUGCUGGCGGCGUGGGUGCCGCGCGCCGUGCCGUCGGUCCUGUCCGCGCCCUGGGGCGGCGGCGGCGGGCAGCCCGGCGGCAGCGGCGCGCCGCCGGACGCGGCCGUAUGGAUGGUCAAGAUGUGGCUGCGGGCGGCUGUCGACCCCCUGCGGGGCGCGAGCCUGGCGCACAUAUCGUGGGUGCUGUCGCGGCUGCCGCAGACGGGCGGGCUGUUUGACGGCUUCCCCUUCGACGGGGCUGACGAGGCGGGGCGCGCCGCCGCGUUUGCCAUGGACUGGACCAACCCUGACGCGGCGGCCGCCGCGCUGGGCGGCGGCCGCGGCGGCGGCGGGGCGGGUGUGGGCAUGGUAGGCGCGCUGCGGGGCGGCAUGGUGGGGGCGGUGCUGUCGGCGAUGGUGCUGGAGGGCAUGGGCGCGGUGCUGGAGGCGCGUCAGCGCGAGCUGUACUGCGCGGGCCACCCUCCGUCCCUGCUGAAGUGGCAGAGCGGGGUCCUGCUGACGGUGCUGGCCAUGCUGCGCGCCGCGGCCGGAGCCGCCGCGGCGCCGCCGCAGCUCGGGCUAAGCGGGAGGGACGGCGGCGGGGGCGGGGCGGCGGCGCGGCAGCGGGCAAGGGGCUUGGCCUUGGCUUUGGGAGAGUCCCUCUCAGCCAUCCUCCACAUGUCGGUGUCAACGGUCUGCGACGUACGCAGCCAGCUGUCCAGCGGCGGGGCCCCCUCGCCCGGCGGCGGCGGCGGCGGCGGCGGCGGCGGCGGCGGCGAUGACGAAGGGCUGCGGCAGGCGGUCGCCGCGCUCAUGAUGAGCCCCCUGAAGCUGCUUCCUGAAGUGCUCCGCACCCUCGCUGACCUGGCAGCCGACGGCAGCUUCCUCCUGGACGGCGUGAAGCUUCCCGCCUCCCCAGGCUCAAAUGCACGGCAGCCGCCGCAGCAGCCUUACCGGCCGCCGGUGCCCCUGCUUGUUCAAGGGGGGGACGCCCUGGGAUUCGCGCUGCUGCGCAAGCUGCUUUCCAGCCUCACGCGCAGCCUGUCGGCGGCGGACGCGCUGCCACAACAGGAGGUGCUGCUGACAGCCCUGGCCGCUAGUGCCAUGGCCGACGCGGGCGGCGCCGCGGCGCUGGCGGCGGGCUGCUUUGGUGGCGGCGGCGGCUCGCCGGCGCUGCUGCAUACGCUGCUCGGAGUCCACUUCCGGCUGCUGCUGCAGCAGGCCGCGGCCACGCAGUCGCCGCUGGCGCUGCACAGGGGCGUGAAUGCGCUGCACCUGUUGGUUGCCCUGUUUGGCCAGCCAGGCAUGCUGUCGGCGGCGGCGCUGCGGCUCUUCCUGCCUUGCCUUUUACGUCCCCUCGUGCAGCUGCUGGCCGCGGGCGUGCAGCAGCAGCAGCAGCAGCAGCAGCAGCAGCAGCAGCAGCAGCAGCAGCAGCAGCAGCAGCAGGCGUUGGCGCCGGGGCUGCUGGCGGCGCAGCUGCAGGCUUACAAGCUGGCGCAGCGGCUGCUGAAGCAGCCGGGCGGCAUGGCGCUGCCGCCGCCGCCGGGGCAGGGACACCUUGAUGGCGCUGGCGGAGCGCCGGUGUUGUUUGGCGAUGGCCCCCUCAGGAGCUGCAGGCCCGUCACACAGCCCCAGCUCGCCGCCGCCGCCGCGCUGCUGCUGUCCGUCCUGCUGCGCCACGCGCUCCUCCAAGUCGCGCGCCAGCUCCCGGCCGCCGCGGCCGCGGAGGCGCUCGCGGCGCUGCCGCCGCAGCAGCGCGGCGCCUGCUGGCGGCCGCUCGACGCGAGUGCGGCGGCGGCGGCAGACCUGGAGCUCAGCCGGCUGCUGGGGAUGCCCCAACCGGACUCGCCGGUCCUGAGGGCGUGGGCAGCCGGCGAAGGCGAGGGCUCCGUCGCCGCGGCCGCGGCGGCCGCGGCAGCGCAGGGCAGGGGCGGCGGCAGCGGUGGCGCGCGCGCGCUGGGGGUUGUGCGGCCGGAUAGCUACAGCCUGGAGCUGGCACUGGCAGGGCUCAGGUUCUGCACUUGGCUGCUGGAUCAGCCGCGGCCGCAGGGCCAGGAUCAGCAGCAGCAGCAGCAGCAGCAGCAGCAGCAGGAGCAGCAGCAGGAGCAGCAGCAGGAGCAGCAGCGGCAGCAUGAUGGCGGCGGUGCCGGCCGAAGCCAGACCGCGGCGGCAUGGGUAGGGGCGGUCAUGCCCUGCCUGCACUCAAUGAUGGUGUGCGGCGCGGCGCACGCGGCCCCUUUGAGGGCCGAGUACCAGAGGCUGCUGCGCGCGCUGGCGGCGGCAGACCCGGCGGCAGCAGAGGGGUACCAACUGCCAGACCGCGCGCGCAUGCCGCCCCCCUCCGCCCAGCCGAGCGCGGGCCGGGCGACGCAGCCUGUGCCCGCGCCGCGUGCGGCGGCGGCGGGGGCGGCAGCGAGGCCUUCGCCGGCCGCGAGCGCGGGGGUGGCUGGCAGCUGCGGCGGGUGGGCGAGCGGCGGUUUGGUGGGGCCGGGUGGCGCAGGGGCGCCGGCCGUGUCGUCGGCGGCGGUGAGCCACGCGGCUUGCUUCAGCGGCGUCGAUCAGCCGGACCGCUCAAGGCCACUGCCGGGCAGGAUAAACGUCCCGCUUGAGCAGCAGCAGCAGCAGCAGCAGCAGCAGCAGCAGCAGCAGCAGCAGCACGCAGUGGCCACAGCCGGCUGCGGCGCGCUGCAACCCCCGCGCGCGCCGCCGCAGCCGCCGGCUCCGGCGCCGCACGCAUCGGAGCGGGCGGCGCGGCGCGAAGGGGACGAGGCGGACAGCGCCAGCAGCGGCCGCGGCCGCAGCAGCGGCGGCGGCGCCGGCGGCGCGUCCACCCCCCAGCCCGCCCCCGCGCCGCGGCAGCGCUCGGGGGACGCGGCGCCGCAGCCCGACCAAGCGGCCUCCACGGGGCACACACCGCGCAGGCCGGGAGGCAGCUCGGCAGCGCCGUCGUGGUCUGCAGGCGCGCCGACGCACGUGCUGGAGGGGCGACUCGCGGAGCGGCCCGAGAGCGCGGCGCCCGCCAAGCACAAGGGGCAGCGGCCUUACCUCAUCCUGAAGCUUGACCUAUUUGAGGGCAGCAGGGCGCUGGCGGGAGGCAAGGGGCGCGUGAAGGUUGCCGUCAAGGAGGACAGCGCCGCGUAUGUCGGAUGCGCCGCGCUGCUGGUCGCGCCUGACGGGGGCGCCGGUGCGUCCCUGCGCUUUUCUGGCGUGAAGCCGAUCGCGGCCAAGGGGGCUGGCCAAAACAUGGGCUUCUGGACGGCUGGCGUCGGCAGUGCCCUGACUGUGGCUGGCCUGCCAGGUGUGAGCGACCAGCAGCAGCAGCAGCAGCAGCAGCAGCAGCAGCAGCAGCAGCACGAGCAUCAGCGGCAGCGGCAGCAUCAGCAGCAGGAGCAGCAGGAGCUGGCACCACAGCAGCGGCAGCAACAGCAACAGCAGCAGCAGGAGCGGGAAAUGCACCAGCAAAAGGAGGAGGAGCAGCAGCAGCAGCACCAGCAGCAGCAGCAGCACCACCACCAGCAGCAGGGGGGAUGUGGCGUUCGUUUGGAUCAAGAGCGUGCGUGCGUCCCGGCCUCUCGCACGGCGCUGGGGCCUGUGGGCGUUCCAGCGCAGCCUGACCCGCUGUGGCGGGAGGUGGAGGGCCAGCGGCCGCCCGAGGGGAGCGCUGUGCAGGCGCCCUGGGAUUCCCAGGCGACCAUCUGCUACCACUAG